UGCAAUAACAGACACAUGAAACAGAAUAGAAUAAUGGAGGGAAUGCCGAUCGUGACGAACUAAGCCCAUCUCUUCACCUUGAGUCGAGUCUAUGACUGUUUGUCCCUCUCAUCUUGUCCUACGAUCUCUCGCUUCACGACCAACCCCCUCUCCCCCCUUUUUUUACGAGGAUAACGUCUUCAUCACUUGCUUCGUCCAUCUACCAUCAUCCGCUUAGUCAUUCAAGAUGCAGCAAGACUAUGGCCAAGAAGCAGCUGUGAAGAUCUUGGUCCUUGGAGAUUCUGGUGUAGGAAAGUCCAGCUUGGUCCAUAUGCUAUGUCACAAUGAGCCUUUACGGCCCGCAAUACCCACAGUAGGUUGCAAUAUUGAUGUCCGCCUUCAUACUACCAGUACAUCCACCACUGCAAUGGCAGCAGCAGCUCGCUCCGGCUCCGGUAUCUCAUCCCUACUUUCCAGAAAUACCGUCACCAGCAACAACGUCAAUAACGACAACAAUCAAAGUUCCGAUUCCCCCUCUCAUGCAAGAAAUGAAACAUUUAUCGAGUUUUAUGAUGUCACUGGAUCACCAGCAGUGCGCCACCCAAAGUCUAGGAGUAUGUUUUACAAUGCAGUUGUUUAUCAAGGCCUGAUCCUUGUUCAUGAUUUAUGUAACAGGAGGAGUUAUGAUAACCUUUGGAAAUGGAUUGGCGAUUUCUUGGAAGCCUCCCAGUCCGCACAAUCGAUGCUGUCUGGAGGUUUUCAUGGAGGACUCUAUGGUCAGCUGGAUAUCCCUUUACUUGUGGUUGGUACCAAAACGGAUAUGGCUUUGAGUCAACGCCAGCAACACCAACAUCCACAUGGCUCAGAUCUGAUCGAGAAAUAUGGCGGAGAAGUGAUCUCAGUGUGCACCAUCUCUCCUACUGAGUUCAUGCCUAACUCGUCAACAACCAUUGCGUUCGAUAUGUUUUUUGCGCGUGUUCUUGAACCUAGCGGUUCUGCAUCUUCUAGAUCAAGAUCCAGAAACACUUCAAGCCAUGGAUCAACAGUGGUCUAUCCUUCCGGUGCAUCACCAAUUUUCUCCCGUCCGUCAAUAACACCAUCAGCAACACCGAUACCGAAAUCACCAUCACCGUCACUAGGAUAUGGUCGACAACCCUCGCGUCAGGACCGUACACUCUCAACUGACUCUAACAACAGCUCUUCAGCUAUACCAAUCAUGGAUUUCGCAACAUUUACUGGUACAACAGCAACAUCGACAACAGAGAUAGCAGGAGAAAGAGAAUCAACUAUAAAUCAUAGAGCAAUUGGUGUAGAAGGAGAACGCGCGAGAACUCCGGAGUUUCUGAGGAGCGAUCAUCUUGCAUCGACGUCUACAAGUUCGCCAGGGUCAUCAACAACACCAACUGGAAGUAGAAAUGCCUUACGAGCACAAUACGAAAGAAAUCGCAAUGUACUUAGUCAAUACAGUAAUAUAGGUGUGCCUGUGUAUACCGGGAGUAGAAGCCAUACGCCUAUGAACACUCGUUGAUCGAAUAAACAGUAAAAUUCCAG